GUUUUUUUCUUUUUUUUUUAGUCCAGGCUACCUAGAAGAAAAACCUUUAAAAAGUCUUUAAACUACUACCCAGUAACUUUCUAUUUUUCUCCUUUCUACACUACUAUAUACUCCUUCGUCAUAUCCAACCACUGCGAAGACUACGUUAGGCAGUACACACUCAGCCAAGAGUGAAAAACGCUGUCGUUCCUGUAGUUUCUUGUAGUCGUCCGUGUAAUAACAGUGUGUUUCUGUACUGGUGGGCCACUCCAAAAAAACGAGUCUUUUUUAUUUUAUUUUUCUCUCUAGCUGAUGACAACUCUUGAUCAAUUUCAGCAGCUGAAACAAUCAGGCAAGACUUGACCUGGAAUUUUUUUUUUUUUCGUCAUUUUCUUUUUCACAACAUGAACAUGGGUAAAUCGUUCCAAAUUAGGAUUUUAUUUUAUUUUUUUACAAAAUCUAUCUUAUUCGUUUGUUGGGAAAUUCUUGUUUGAACUUUCAAGUUGAAAUUUUUCUUACUUGUCACUUUGGAUUAUUCUGUGGAAUCAAUUGAUUUGAAUUGCGCGCCAUCCGUUUUCUUUCAUCCGGUUUGAUAUUAAAAUAAGUGAGUAGAACUAAAUAAGAGGACUCGAGAGAGAGAGAGCGCCCCCCACAGUGGAUGGGUGUGGAUGAGACCCAGUGGUGGGGCUCUUACUACGAAUGAAUGUGUACAAGAGAGAAGGGCAGGCCCAGGAACGGCUCCAGUGCCGCUCAAGUGGCCGACCGAGAAGCACGUACCGGUCUGUCGCUCUAUGCAACGUACAAAAAACAAACAGAACAUUAGACUCAUUCAAUCCACUACUGGACGACCACAGCAACUUGUUUUAUUUUUUCCAGUGAUUUGUUUCUUCCCAGUGUAAUUUCGUGAUUGUGUUUUUGUGAGUGUGCUCCAAAGAGACUUUUUUUUGGACAUUGAAAAAUUGAAAAUUUUGUAACAAUUUUUGUUUUCCCCUUUGCCCUCCGACUGCGAAGAGAAUUUUUCUCAUCAGUGAAAGAUAAAGAUCAUGCUACUGGCUCUUUGGUCAUAAGAGUCUAGCUGAUUCUUCUCCUUCUUUCGCUUAUAUUCAUUUCGGGGACGUAAUCACCAGGCGACGAGAGAGAACCCUGUCGUCGUGUCUAUUCUCAUCGGAGACUGGCAGAGACUGCUGCAGUAGCUGCCGAAGCGGCUAACAUGAUGAAUUAUCCAGUUCAACAGCCAAAGGUUUUGGUGACUCGAACGACAGCCAAAAUGGAAGCCAGCGAACUGCGUCGCGCUCCCCCUCCGCCUCCGCCCAGAGGUGUCACACUCCGGGCGACGUCGUCCGUCGCCGGAACAGCUCCGAUCGGCACCAGCCUUCCGCCGUCCUUGAUUCCGGUUUCCGUCACAUCGGCCGUCAAUCGGCACCACUUCAAAUCAACCAAUCCUGCCCCUUCGGCUCCAAUCGCCCCAGUCGCCAAAGUGAUGAAAGAAAACCUUCCAUCCGAGCUGGGCACUGGAUUGCCUGUCCAGCAGCCACAGCAGCCGCCGCAACACCAUCCGCAAGGCUACUUGGAAACACGAUACGCCUACAGCGUCAACGGAAUUCUAGGAUCGGCCGCCCAGGCAUCAGCCGCUGCCGCCUUCUUCGCAAGAGCGUCACAGAAAUUGAACUUGGCUUCGCCUCAGCGCCGGAAGCGUCACGGCUCGUCGGAUGGAGCGGAAUCGCCCAUUCCGGCGGCGGUUCACCGCUUCGGAACGGAUUUCAGCGGAUUGCUGCGUCGCAACCCUCCGCUUCCACCGCCUCACCUUCUGCGCCGGCUCGGUCUGCGGGAGAAUCCAGGCGUCGGCAAAGUGAGAGUGAUGUUGCGAGUGGCGGGCGACCCGACGGCUUCCAACUUUCUCAGCGUCGACAAAAAGCGCAAACAAUUGACGCUCCAGGAGCCCGGUAAUAACACGUCGCUGACGUUGGCGUCGUCUUCCUCGUCGGAGAAAGACCACCAUCAAAUCGCUGCCGAAGAUCGACGCGUGGGAGUGGCCGCACCGAAAAUGUUCGCCUUCGAUGGCCUCUUCACCACCGCCGACGAUUCACAGGGCGACGUUGCCGCCUCGGUGCUGAGUGACAUUGUCACCGCCGUCAUCAACGGCUCGGACGGAUGCGUUUUCUGCUUCGGUCACGCUCAACUCGGUAAAACGACGACGAUGGUGGGUUCGUGUUUGGAAGACAUCGGUCCCGGUCUGAUGCCGACGGCCAUUGCUUGGCUCUUCCGCGGGAUUGGCGAGCAGAAGAACAAAACUGGCGCUAGGUUCUCGGUCCGCGUCUCAGCCGUGGAAAUUGCCGGUCCUGCCGAAGUUCUCCGAGAUCUCCUCGCUCCGCACGCAACCGAAUCCGAAGAAUCGCCGGGCGUGUAUCUGCGUGACGAUCCUCUGCUGGGCACCCAACUGCAGAAUCAGAGUGAACUCCGAGCUCCGACCGCCGAAAAGGCCGCUUUCUAUUUGGACGCUGCUCUGGCGGCCCGCACCGAUUCCUCGUCGCCGGACGCCCGUUUCUCCCAUUUGCUCUACACUCUGCACGUCUACCAGUACAGCGUCGAUCGGACACCCAGCCGAACGGGUGGACAUUGCAGCAGCAGCAGUGGCGCAUCCGGAGUGGCUGGGGGACGUUCCCGCCUGCAUUUGCUGGAUCUUGGAAGUUGCCAGCAAAGCGGUCGGGCCGUGACAAACGGCCAAUCGGCCAACACAAUGACACUCUCCGGUCUGGGCAAUGUAUUGGUGGCUCUGUUCAACGGCCAGCGACAUCUGCCCCAUCGCGAACACAAAAUCACCCAAGUCCUCCGCGAAUGUCUGGGAUCGCUCACCUGUCAGGCGGCCUUGGUCGCCCACGUUGCAGCUUCGUCCGCCUACUCGGAGACCCUGGCCACCGUACAGAUGGCCUCCAGAGUCCAUCGAAUGAGGCGUAGGAGAAUGAAGUACAACAAUGCCGGAUCAGGCGGUUCGGGAUCAGGUGGAAGUAGCGAAGAUUCGAGUCGAUUGGGGCUUUCUCGAUCCUCGGGCGGUGAAAGCUCUACAGGCGGAUCAGCUGACCCGUCCAGCAGCGAGCAGUCAUGUGACACUGUCAUCUACGUAGGCCCGAUCGAUGACGCAACGGAUGGCGAACACCCACCCGUUUAUUUGCCCAGUCUCAAUUCGGGCGAUAACCGAUGUUCCAUGUCUCGGGCGCUCAGAGGCUCUACUGUUGAUCGGCCGGCAGUCCAGCAACAGUCCGGCAGGAGUCCAGUGCAUCACGCCAAGAAAGAAACUUCAGCCGCUCCUUCGCGAUCACCGCAAAUUCAGCGCAAAGUAGCCAAAUGCGAUCCUGCUCAGCAAACCAACAAACAGAGCGGCAGUGUCGCCGGUAGCAACAGCGAAGAGCAGUGGAUCGACGGGCCGAGAUUCAACAAAACGCGCAUUUCUCAAGCUCGGAUGCAAGUGGUGCGUCAUCAACGGGAAAUGUGGGUCGACGGGCCGCCAGUUGAUCCCGCCGUUCAGAUGCUGCCCGCAGUUCUACCUGCCGUCGCUCCUCCUGUCAAUCAAACUCCGCUAGGAUACGGUUUCAUGGAUCAGCACAAGCAGGGAAUGAUACGCCAAUGGGUCGAAAAUCAAAGUGUCCAGCAGCGACACCCAGCGGUGCGAACCAGCGGGCAAAUGUGGAUCGAUGCUCAGCCCCGACCGGCCCCGGAGCCCGGCACUCCAGUCAAGGUCUUGACUGUUUUUAAGACGUGCCCGGAUGACGAAGAUGAGGCGAAAGAAGUCGAUAGCUUGGCGCCCGUUGAAAAUAUCCGCUCGCCGAGAGCAAAUCGCCAUCCGACUCCAGUGAAGCAGUCUCGCAGAAAAGCCGAGCCUCUCUUAACGGAAGAAGUCACCGCCAGCGCCGCCGUCGCUCCAUCCAAUCCCGAACAGUCAGUCUCUGAAGAGAAGCUCAACUCGUUGAGCGGCGUUGGCAGCGCCAGCAACGUUGAAAGCGUUGAGCCGACGGCUUCCAGCUUAACGCUGGAACAGCUCUACUCGCAGUGCGAACAGCUGGCAGACUCGCUUGUCCAGGAAGAGGAGCGAGCCGCCGCCGCCGCCGCCACCGUCGAGGAUUCCUCCACCGACGGAGCCUCCGAUGAUCUUUCAGCGGCUUUGGAUGUGACCUCCGAACAGGUUUCCAUCAGCUGCGACUCGUGGAGGCGUGUCCGGCAUCGCGACGAAGACGACAACAACACGGUGACGGAUUUCAAAGUCUGCGAAUCAGAGUCGGCUAACCAACGAGGUGGUCGCCUUCAUCAUUCCCCCAUGCACGGCCGAGGUGGAGACUACAGUCCCGAAUACAUCGAGGUGGAAGAGCCCGACGAGCCGGUGCCCACGCAAGACUCUUGUCUUCAAGUGACCGAGGAGGAUAUCGCGUUUUCCAUGAUGGAAGCCUUGGAGGCCAAGUGCAACGAUGUGCGCAGCUUGUCCAGUUUCACCGACGGCGAAGAACAUCCGCUGCGAGCUCUUUCGCACGACAACUUGACCAUCAUUUCCCAUUUUACCGGAGAAACUUAUUCGCAAGGGACGGCCUCCGAAUGGGAGCCCAUUGGCUCUUCCAUUUUCGACCCUAUGCCAUCGUCUUCAGCCAUGGAUAACACAGAGUUCUAUCAAACGCAACUGGAACAGCUCGCCAAAUUACACCAGCAAAUCUACCAGCAGUCAAUCGCCGGAAACGCUGCUGGAACCCUUCAUCCCACGCCACUCAGUGCUCUUACCAACUGUAAUAUUGGCUCAUUCAAGGAUCUUCCACUGUUGACACAAGACUGGAACAACGUGGCCGUUAGGACCUCGCCCGGUAGAAAUGGCAUGGGCCAAGACACACGUAAAGCCAUGGUCUCUACCAUCGGCAUGGAGCUGGAACGCGAAUUGGGCAUCCAAGACGCCCAUCAAGCUUCGAUUUUAUCUUCACUGAGACAUCCUGAUGGUGCGUCCGAUCCACAUUUGGAUCAGCAUUCUGGGAAAACGUACGAGACUGUUCGCCCAUGUGAGCCGCAGCAACAAGAACGGUUGCCUGGCAACGGGGCGUCCACCUCUGAUCCCGAAGAAGAGGUCGCCAUCAAAUCUAAUUCGGCUAAUGUCGCCGUAACGACUGGUGACUUGGUACCUGAACGCGACUGCAAAGCCGUUGUCUUAGAGAGCAACACGGAGCACGAGAAAGUAAUUCAUCAUAAAACACCUAAGCUAAGCCGGUUCUUCUCCGGUUCCAAGAACAAACAACAGCCGAGCUCCGUCACUAAGCGCAACACGGCCACGAGCAUGAGUGGUAGCCCGGUACCAACUCCCAAAGCGUCAUCGUCGUCCGCCAAAGCAUCGCCCAAGGUCGAGAAGCGAUCUAAGAGCCGGGAGAAUACGAGUAAACACAAUUCACCGGCCAAGACGCUCUCCAAGUCGCCGUCCCGCAUCGAUCCAACCCCUUCCGUCUCGAUUCCCCCGUCUCCCAAGUCACAGUCGUCCAAAUCCAGCAACAAGAAGGAUAAACUGAAAGCGGCCAGUUCGUCGCACAAGAGUCCAAAGAAGGACUCGAAAUCCAGCUGGGACGGAAAGUCUUCUGGAUCAAAACGUGACGUCAAAUCGUACGGUUUCAGCUACGAAAGCUGCCAUCAAACGGCACCCAGUUCGCUGUGUCCCUCGGAGGGCUACGAAAGUGGAGGAUCAGAUUCCGGAGUUCACCUCAGUGCAGUCUCUCCCAUCAAGAAUCGUCGGCACGCCCAGCCGAUUCAGCAGCAGCAGCAACAGAUUCGACGCCAACAUUUGAUGCCGAUCGGCGAAAUGUCCCGAAAGAAUUUUUCCAGUGGGACGAGCACCAGUGGGUCGGGUGGCUCUGGAGGCUCCGCUGGCCAUUACGAGAGUUCCGGUUAUGAAAGUGUCAUUCGCGACAGCGAAUGCUCCAGCUUGGGUUCCAGUAGCCAAGAUUCGGAUCGCGAAGCUGUUCCCUUAGAACUUGCCAUCAGCACUGGCAAACAAUCUGCUGAUAUCGGUCAAUCAAGCAGUUGCACAAUACUUUAAAGGGACACGGAGAAGAGCGCGGAAAUAAGGGACCAAAAAAAUUAAAAAAAGAAAAACUGGAACAGUGAUCGUCAUAUCCCAAGAAAUGAUUAAGUUAUACGACAUCCUUUUCAGUUGGUUCUGUUGUCAAAACGGCAUUGCUUUUGUCUAAUAUGGAAAUUUCGCCCUCAUUGAUUGCAACAUAUCUUUCGUUUUUGUUUCGAUUGCAAAUCAAGAUACUGGACCAUACCUUCACUAUUCAUCUAAGCUUUCUAUUGUAUUGGAUUUCAUUUUUCCGAAGCUUGUCAUUUCUUGAGAUCGUUGGGCGUGGGUAUGUGCUGCUCCUUGUAUUAAAUGAAACAUGAGCAAAAUUUGAAAUUGCGAUGCAAGAGUGCGAUGAAGAGGACUUGGAUUGACGGAGGAAAUUUUUUAAGCUACUUUUAUUUUUGUUAAUCGCGAAUAAUAGUGAACAUAAAUGCAAAUCUUUGUAUCAUUUUGCGACCGUUUCGUGAUGUGUAUAUACAUAUUUACCUGAAAGUGAUUUUUACAUACACAAGGUUAGCGUCUUUUCAUCUGUAA